CAGGUGGAAGCUGUGAUUUCGCCAUUUCUCGUUUCCCCUUUUCUUUUUUUCAUUUCAUUUUAUUUUUUUAUUUUAUUUUCGAGGUUUUUAAUUUUUCUUCUCUCUCCUCCCCCCCCCCCCCCCAAAAGCGAACGCUAUAGUCUGUGUAAUAAGGGAACGAUACGAUCUUUCUCUCUCUAGCCAUGGCGACUGAUAGCAUCUCAACUCAACCACUGUGAUCAGCUGCUCGAGAGUAUCUUCAGAAACUAAAUUGUGAAUCUCUAGUUCAGAACUGCUGCUUGUUAUUUUGAACUCCAUUCGGUUCUUCUGGAUCACACCUGACCUCAAGACCUGCUGAGCAAAUUGAAUAAAACGAUGGGUUCAAGAUUCCCAUCCCAUCAACUCAGCAAUGGCCUUUAUGUUUCAGGCAGGCCUGAGCAACCAAAGGAAAAACCUCCUACAAUGAGCUCCACAGCAGUGCCAUAUACUGGCGGGGACAUCAAAAAAUCAGGAGAACUCGGAAAGAUGUUUGACAUUCACGUGGAAAAAUCAAGAAAAUCCGGUCCUAUCGCAAAUGCUCCUUCAAGAAACGCAUCAUUUGGUGGCACUGCUUCACACUCUGGCCCUAUUAAUGCUGCUGGUCGACCCAGCUACUCUGGUUCUCUUUCCUCUGGUGCUCCAGGGGCAUCUCUAGUCACUGGAGGAUCAAAUAGACAGAAAUCUAAUUCUGGACCUCUUAAUAGACACGGAGAUCCAAUUAAGAAAUCAUCUGGUCCUCAGUCUGGUGGGGUGACCCCGAUGUCUCGUCAAAAUUCUGGGCCCCUUAAUACACCUGUGCUCCCGACUACAGGCCUCAUCACUUCUGGGCCAAUCUCUUCGGGCCCACUGAAUUCAUCCGGUGCACCUAGGAAAAUUUCAGGUCCUCUGGAUUCUACUGGUUCAAUUAAACUACAUCAUACUGCCUCAGUUGUCCAUAACCCAGCUGUUACUAAUCUGAGUCAGGAAGAAGAUUAUUCAUUCAAGGGGAGUGUACCGAAGCCGGUAAUGUGGGCUGUGAUUCUACUGUUUGUGAUGGGGUUCAUUGCAGGAGGAUUUAUUCUAGGUGCUGUUCACAAUCCUGUGCUCCUCAUUGUUGUGGUGGCUUUCUUUGGCGUGGUCGCUGCGCUUUUCAUUUGGAAUAGAUGGUGGGGGAGGAGAGCGGUUAUAGGAUACAUUGCCAGAUAUCCUGAUGCUGAGCUAAGGACCGCAAAAGAUGGACAAUAUGUCAAAGUCUCCGGGGUUGUUACAUGUGGAAAUGUUCCCCUUGAAUCAUCAUUUCAGAAGGUCCCUAGAUGUGUGUUCACAUCUACUAGUUUAUAUGAGUACAGGGGGUGGGACUCAAAGGCUGCCAACUCUCAGCAUCGUCGUUUUACAUGGGGACUCAGAUCAAUGGAGAGGCAUGUGGUUGACUUUUAUAUCUCGGAUUUCCAGUCUGGGUUGAGAGCCUUGGUCAAAACUGGCUAUGGUGCAAGAGUGAUGCCUUAUGUUGACGAAUCUGUUGUGAUUGACAUUGAUCCAAACAACAAAGAUAUGUCUCCUGAAUUCCUCAGGUGGUUGGCUGAGAGGAACCUUUCAAGUGAUGAUCGUGUAAUGCGCAUGAAAGAAGGGUACAUAAAAGAGGGCAGCACAGUUAGUGUAAUGGGGGUUGUUCAAAGGAAUGAAAACGUGCUGAUGAUUGUUCCACCAUCAGAGCCAUUUUCCACAGGAUGCCAAUGGUUAAAAUGUAUACUCCCUGCAAACCUCGAUGGCAUUGUUUUGAGAUGUGAAGACACUUCAAAGAUUGAUGUUAUACCGGUCUAGUAAAUUUCUGAAGCUGUUCAAUAGUUAUAUGUAUAUGCCGACUCCAGUAUUUUAUUUGUUGGCUGCUGGCAGUAGCAAUGUCUGAAACUGUGUCUACCAAAAAUCUGUUGCACAAGUUUUAAGAUGGUGUUGAUGUAUUUCGCGCUGGGUUUGGUUGUAUAGCUUUUGUGAUUUCCCCCUUUUUUUCCCCUUUCCUUAUUUUGUUUAUUAGGCUUGCAGGCUUUCUGUAACAAAGGUUGGAUUAACGUCGUGUUUGUAAGGAGAAUUAGAAUGGUAAAGGUUGGAUUUAUGUUGAGAAGAAUGAAAAGGAUUGUUGGUAUUAAACGAAAUUUGUUUUCGGCA